AUGGCUACAACCAACAAUGGCGAGGGAGCUGUGGGCAAGGACUCGAUCAACACCGACAUCAUCACCCUGACGAGAUUCCUCACAGAAGAGCAAGCAAAGCACAAGGAGGCAACGGGAGACUUCACAUUGCUUUGCCAUGCUCUUCAAUUCGCAUUCAAGAGUAUCUCGUUCUACAUCCGACGAGCCACAUUAGUCAACCUCACCGGUCUCGCGGGCCAGUCCAACGCAACGGGUGAUGACCAGAAAAAGCUUGACGUGAUCGGCAAUGACUUGUUCAUCUCCGCCAUGCGCUCGUGUGGGCGUGUCAAGCUCCUUGUCUCGGAAGAGGAAGAGGAGUGCAUCACCUUCAAUGAAUGGCCUAACGCGCGAUACGCCGUAGCCUGCGAUCCCAUCGACGGGUCCUCCAACCUCGACGCGGGUGUCUCCGUCGGCACCAUUUUCUCCAUCUUUAAACUCCCCGAAGGCGCGCGCGGCGUCAAGGAGGACAUUUUGAAGCCGGGUACUGAGAUGGUAGCGUCAGGCUUCACCAUGUACGGUGCCAGUGCGCAGCUCGUCAUCACCAUGAAGGGCGGCGGUGUCAAUGGCUUCACGCUCGAUAACAACUUUGGCGAAUUCAUCCUCACACAUCCCAGCAUGAGCAUUCCCAAGAAGCGCGCUAUUUACUCGGUCAACGAGGGGAACUCGCUAUACUGGGAAGAGCCCGUCAAGGAGUACAUCAAUGGGCUCAAGUUCCCGACCGAAGAGGGUGGAAAACCGUACAGCGCCAGGUAUAUUGGUUCCAUGGUGGCAGACGCAUACAGAACACUGCUUUACGGUGGCAUCUUUGCGUACCCAGCCGACAAGAAGAGUCCAAAGGGUAAAUUGCGCAUCUUGUACGAGUGCGCACCCAUGGCUAUGGUGUUCGAGAAUGCUGGCGGUCUCGCCGUCGACAGCAACAUGAACCGUAUGCUCGGGGUAGUACCGGAACACAUUCAUGACCGAAGCGGCAUCUUCAUGGGUAGCGAGCACGAGGUGCAGAAGGUUAUUGAUACACACAAGAAGCACCAAAAGUAG